GAGCUUUAGUACGCGACACUGCCGUUUCGUUCGUUCGGCGACGUUCGACAAACUUCGGUUUCGUGUCCGUAGUUUGACUGUAGUGGGGGUAACCUGAAUCGAGCAUAGAGCAAUAGACGGAGAAAGAGAGAGAGAAAGCAAGAUAGAAAUCAGACCAGGACGGUGCAGAGAGCGGAGACCAGCGUGUCUCCUCUCGUGCAUGCGUUCGAUUGUACGGCACGGUGUGUGCGUGCAACACAGAGGGACAGGCAGUAGGACGUAUGCGUGGCGCGGUGAGAAACGUGUUACGAACAGUGACAGACAAGAUGGCGGUGUGCCUUGUGCGGUGGUAGGAACAGUGGUGCGUGGAGCACGUUUAAAAACAAUAAAAAAAUAGUGGAAGAAACAGGGGUUAGAAAAGGGGUUGGCAGCUGGAUAGCGUAGCAUGGAGCCAGCUCUUACGUCUACCACGAGACGUCGCGGUCAUCAGCAUCAUCCGCGACACGCAACGCGCCGACGUCUCGACGCCUCCAGCAGAGGACCCGCGCAGUGUGGCCCUGCUGGUAUCAUCAAAGAUACGGCGAUCGGAAAGAACGAAACAGGGACGACCACUACGUCACCGAGGCUCGACGAAAAGAGCAAUGUCAUCGAUACAGACAGCUCGACGGCGGUGACAGUGGCCACGAUUGUCGGCGCGAGGUGGCUACGCGAUCCGACGGCCACCGUAUCCACGAAAGGCGCAACCUCCACGAACGAACAAGACACCACGAAUAAGAUAAAAAGUAACAAUCUCGAGGAAGAUGACAACAGAGAGGAGAACGUCCGACAGAGGCUCGCGCAGUGUAGCCCGGACGUUCAAGACGAACGACACGAACAGCAGCAAUCUGUUCGCGAUAGAAACGAACACGAGAGCUGUGACAGCUGCGAAACAGACGAUGGAUCGAGCAAGUCGCGAUCCCGACCACGUGGGAAAGAGAUAUUCGAGAUGGAAUUGUUCUACGAUGAAACGAGAAGCAAAGAGAAUUCACCGGAGCCUGAGCACGCGGUCGCGAGGGCUCGCGGUGACGGAAAUUCUGACAAUGAAUCGACAAACGUCGACGAGGAUCCAGAGCUUGCUGAACUCGCCAAGCUGAGAUGUCCAAGCGAAAGAACCGAGAUACAAGCUGAGAGAGAAGCAAGAAGAAAAAAAAGAUGUGCAGAUUAUCCUGGAUUGGCAUUUGGAUGGUCCAUAUUCUCCAGCGACACCAUGAUGACGUUCGGUCUCAUAAGGAACGAGUUGCAAAAUAUUAUGGGGAACCAGCUGAAACGGGCUGAGUCCGAGGUAGCCGCUCUGAAUCGUCGUAUCCAAUUGUUGGAGGAGGACCUCGAGAGAUCGGAGGAACGCCUCGCAACGGCCACUGCUAAAUUGGCAGAGGCGUCGCAGGCUGCGGAUGAGAGCGAACGAGCCCGCAAGAUUCUCGAGAAUCGCAGCUUGGCCGAUGAAGAGCGUAUGGACGCCCUCGAAAAUCAGCUGAAGGAGGCCAGGUUCCUCGCUGAAGAAGCUGACAAGAAAUACGAUGAGGUCGCCCGUAAAUUGGCCAUGGUUGAGGCCGAUCUAGAACGUGCCGAGGAACGUGCCGAGGCCGGAGAGUCGAAGAUCGUCGAACUGGAGGAGGAACUGCGCGUGGUUGGCAACAACCUGAAGUCCCUCGAGGUCUCUGAGGAGAAGGCCAACCAGCGUGAAGAGGAGUACAAGAACCAAAUUAAGACUCUUACCACUCGCCUAAAGGAGGCUGAAGCUCGUGCCGAGUUCGCGGAGAGAUCCGUGCAGAAGUUGCAGAAGGAGGUCGACAGGCUCGAAGACGAGCUCGUACACGAGAAGGAAAAGUACAAAUACAUCUGCGACGAUCUGGACCUCACCUUCACCGAGUUGAUCGAGAAGAAUUAAUCGAUAGUCGGCGAUCAUACGUGUCCAUCUGCUGUCGAAACGAUUGGCCGGACUUGUGCAUCGAGAGAAACACGUUCGUGGUGGCUUCGUGAAAACCGGUCAAUCAGCU